AGUAUGCCAUGAAAUACAUGCGUUGAUGGUGCAAUUUUUUAUGAUGGGAAGUGAAAUGCACUGUCGGCAAUUCUUUUAGCACGGAUUUCCAAAAGAACAAUGCAAGUCAGAACUACUGUAGUGUUACAUAAAGUUUAGAAAGGUGGCAUGAUUUGAGAGGCUCUCUCUGUUUUUUUAGGUUUAUCCGCACCGUACUCCGAAGGAAGGUUUGGAGAGCACCAUCGUGAUGGCCAACAACACUGACGACAGCCAUCCAAAAAAGCCCCGCGAAUGUCCAAAGAAGGAAGACGGGAAUGAUGAAAACUUUGAAUUUGAUGAGCACCCUUAUCGUAAUGCUACCUGGUUGUCGAGGCUGUUCUUUUGUUGGCUUACUCCUCUGUUCAAGAUAGGCUAUAAGAGGCCUUUGGAAAUUCAGGAUAUGUACCCAUUACUUGAUAAUGAUAAGGCAGAGCACCUUGUUGAUCAUUUAUCAAGAAAAUGGGAAAAAGAGGUCUUACAAAGUAAAAGUAGCAGUUAUGAUCCAAGCCUGCGCUGGGCUGUAGCCCGCUUUAUAUGGAAACCUUUGAUGAUUACAGCUCUCUUUGCUUUUGUUGAGGAAUUUAGUAGAACGAUACAACCACUGUUUGUGAGCUAUCUCGUCAUGUACUUCACCAUGGACUCAGAUAUAACAACCCAGGAAGCUUACGUAUAUGCCACUGUCAUUGUGUUGUUUUCCAUUGUUGCAGUAACAGCACAUCAUCCUUUUUUUUUCUGCUCAUCACUAUUGGGCAUGAGGAUACGAGUUGCAUGUAGUGGUCUUAUUUACCGAAAGGCCCUCAGGUUGAGUAGUACAGCUUUAGGAAAGACAACAGUUGGACAAAUCGUAAACAUUUUGUCAAAUGAUGUAAACAGAUUUGAUCUGGCAAUGCUCUUUGUCCACUACCUCUGGAUAGCUCCAUUACAGUUAAUUGCUGUUACUGUGUUGCUAUGGUAUGAAAUAGGCCCAUCAUGCUUUGCUGGUGUGUUUAUCGUUCUGCUUAUGGCUCCACUACAAGCAUGGUUUGGAACACUUUUUGCAAAAUUUCGAUCAAAGACUGCUAUCUUGACUGAUGAAAGAAUUCGCAUUAUGAAUGAGAUCAUCGCUGGAAUGCGAGUUAUCAAGAUGUACGCUUGGGAGAAACCUUUCAGUUACCUUGCAUCUGAGUGUAGAAGGCCAGAUGCCCUCAGGUUGAGUAGUACAGCUUUAGGAAAGACAACAGUUGGACAAAUCGUAAACAUUUUGUCAAAUGAUGUAAACAGAUUUGAUCUGGCGAUGCUCUUUGUCCACUACCUCUGGAUAGCUCCAUUACAGUUGAUUGCUGUUACUGUGUUGCUAUGGUAUGAAAUAGGCCCAUCAUGCUUUGCUGGUGUGUUUAUCGUUCUGCUUAUGGCUCCACUACAAGCAUGGUUUGGAACACUUUUUACAAAAUUUCGAUCAAAGACUGCUAUCUUGACUGAUGAAAGAAUUCGCAUUAUGAAUGAGAUCAUCGCUGGAAUGCGAGUUAUCAAGAUGUACGCUUGGGAGAAACCUUUCAGUUACCUUGCAUCUGAGUGUAGAAGGCGUGAAAUCAGGAAAAUUCGCAAGACCUCACUGCUUCGUGGAUCGAACCUAGCAUUCUUCUAUACAGCCACUAGUCUUGUUAGUCUAGCUACAUUUGUUGUUUAUUCACUUACUGGUAACACACUGACAGCAAGUAAGGUGUACCUUGUGAUACCGUUGUACAAUGUUGUACGACUCUCUGUAGUGAUUUUCCUUCCAAAUUGUGUAAUGACGUUAACAGAAAGUCUUGUUUCCUUGCGUAGAAUUAAGGAAUUUUUGUUGUUAGAUGAGCUUGACCAAGCUGCUCUUGAGGCUCAACAUAGUAACCUUCGACCUAAGCCAGAGGAUGUGCAGGUGGCAGCUGAGGAUGUUUCAGCAUCUUGGGAUCAAGUUGAUGGGGAAAAUUCCUUCACAAUGGUUCUAGAGAAUAUUGAUUUAAAUGUAAAAUCUGGGGAGCUGUUGGCAGUUGUUGGAUCAGUAGGCUGUGGAAAGUCUUCUCUAUUGAUGGCGAUUAUGGGAGAGGUCCCUCACAUAACUGGGAAGGUAAAAGUGUCAGGCCGGCUAGCUUAUGCUUCCCAAUUGCCUUGGAUUUUCUCAGGCACUGUUAAGGAUAACAUCCUAUUUGGCAAACCAUACAACAAGCAGCAGUUUGAUCAUGUCGUUGAAGUAUGUGCUUUAAGAAGGGACCUUGAUAUUUUACCAAACAAAGAGUACACGCUAGUUGGUGAACGUGGAGUAACCCUAAGUGGAGGUCAAAGGGCAAGGGUUGGACUUGCAAGAGCGGUUUACAGUGACAUGGAUAUUUAUUUACUUGAUGACCCAUUAAGUGCUGUUGACACAGAAGUUGGGAGGUACUUGUUUGAUGUAUGUAUUAGGGAGAGUUUGAAGGAUAAACCUUGUAUAUUAGUUACUCACCAACUUCAGUACUUGGAAAAUGUUGACAAGAUACUUGUAAUGAAAGAUGGUCAGGUAGCUGGUUAUGGAACAUACAGUGAGCUGCAGUCUUCUGGGAUAGAUUUUGCCACUUUACUAAAAGAGCCCGAAAACAAAGAUGAUGUAAUAAGUAACCAAGAAUCAACUACUGGGAUAAUGGCAGGAUCACAACAGUUUAGUUCCACCGGAUCAUUAGAAUCCUCUAAGGGUAUAGACUCAGCAGCUGAAAACGAAGGAAAGGAAAGCAAAGCUAUUGGCACUGUCUCCUUUAGAGUUUACCGGCGAUAUAUUGGAGCUGGAGGUGGAAUUUGCUUCUUAUUGCUAUACGUAUUAGCUAAUAUUUUAGUUCAGACACUAUAUAAUGCAUCUGAUUGGUGGUUGUCAUAUUGGGUGUACAAAGAAGAAACAGCACAAGAAGAAUUUGAUUCCAUUGAUUUUGCAAAUUCUGUAAGUAAAAUGAUCAUAUGGUUUUUAGAUGCAUGGGUUCAAUUCAAAUAUUGUAGCAUUGGUCGAAUUCUGAAUAGAUUUGCCAAAGAUAUCGGAUUUAUGGAUGACCUCCUACCACUAACAUUUGCAGAUGUCGUGCAGAUUUCCUUAAUGGUCUUUGGGAUCGUCACUACCGUGGUCAUUUUCAAUCCAGUUGUGCUUGUCUUUGUCGUGCCACUUUUUGUUAUUUUAGUGUUUGUGCGAACAUAUUACCUAUAUACAUCACGUGAUGUAAAGCGUAUGGAGGGAAUUACUCGUAGUCCAGUAUUUUCCCACCUAUCCGCAACUCUACAAGGUCUAAGUACAGUGAGAGCCUUCCAAGUACAGCAGUCAUUCAAGGAUCAGUUUGAGAGCUACCAGGACACUCAUACCCAAGCUUGGUACAUGUUUCUAGCCACAUCGAGGUACUUCGGCAUCUGGCUUGACUGGUUGAGCUUGAUAUUUGUUGCAGUUGUCACUUAUGGCUCUGUCAUUUUGUUACAUGUUUCUGAGAAUCUGAAUUCUGGAUCUGCUGGAUUGUCAUUUUCUUAUGUGUUAAGUUUGAUGGGUGCUUUCCAGUGGGGUGUGAGACAGACUGCUGAGCUGGAGAACUUAAUGACUUCCACUGAGCGUGUUCUAGAGUACACGGAUAUAGAGCCUGAAGCUCCUCUUGAACGUGAAUUUAAACCUUCCUCAGAUUGGCCUAAAUAUGGUAUCAUCACAUUUGAAGGGGCAUCUCUGUCAUACUUUGAUGGGGGACCAACUGUCUUGAACAGACUCUACUGCUGUAUACGAUCCAAAGAAAAAGUUGGUAUUGCUGGCCGAACUGGGGCUGGCAAAAGUUCCUUGAUGACAGCUCUGUUACGCUUGGCUGAACCCACAGGUAAGGUCAUGAUAGAUGGUGUUCUAAUCAGUGACCUUGGACUGCAUGACCUUCGAAAGAGUAUUUCAAUAAUACCCCAGCGGCAACUUCUGUGUUUAGCUCGAGCUCUGCUCCGUCACACUCGUAUCUUGAUUGUGGAUGAAGCCACCGCUAAUGUGGAUAUCAAAACCGAUCAGCUUAUUCAGGCAACAAUUCGUGAGAAGUUUAAACACUGUACUGUGUUGACAAUUGCCCAUAGACUGAACACCAUUAUGGACUCGGAUCGCAUCUUGAUCCUCGAUCAAGGAAAAAUUGCUGAGUUUGAUGAGCCAUUCGUCCUGCUUCAGAAAGAAGAUGGACUUCUUACAAAAAUGGUGUCAGAAAGUGGACGAGCAGAAGCUGUUAAAUUAAUAGCUAUUGCCAGAGAACAGUAUUAUAACAAUUCAAGUGAUCCGUACGGAUUCAGUGAUAAGAACAUUUCAUCAUCACCACUUAGAAAACUUAUACCUAAAGGUGUUAUCAAUCUCACUAUUGAAACUAAUUUAUGAUAACUGUCAUGGUAACUGUUUGGUAAAUGUUUAUUUGUUAGUCAAUUUUUGUUAACAUUUUUAUUGAAAUUCACACAUGUUUAAAUCAUAAAUGCAAUAGAGCACUGUGUAGACUAUCAAAUUUUUAGUCGACAAAAGCAUUCCUGAAUAUGGCAUUUGCAAAAUUUAAAAGUGUUGACAGGGCUGUAGCCUUUACCUGUAUAUGAGUUAAAGGUGUAAACUUCAUUCAUAUAAUUACAACAUGAUUUGUUGAGAUGCAUUACAUGGCAUCAGUGGCAUAUCCAGGAACAUGGAAUAGAAGGGGGCCCAGUGAGGGGCUUUCACAGAGAGGGUCCACCCACCUCAAUCCCCUACCAUGGUUGGGGUUGAGGUAAGACAAUCUAUGACUAUAUCAGCUCUAGAGGGCCAGAAAUGGCACUUUCCAAAUUUUAUUUUUUCUCCAUUUUUUUUUAAUUUUUUUAAAAUUUAGCAUUGA